AGCUUAGUAGCUUGGAUCUACCUGAUGAUCCAUGAAUUUCAUGCCCCAUGCGCUCGAUCUUUGCCCAGCAGCAGCUCCUUAACCCAUGCGCGUGAGACGACCGGGCCUACUACGGCCUCGUCGCUCCGUGCUCAUGGGGCUGUGAGCUGGACGAGACGGAAGCUGGAAGCAUCUGGGGUGAAGAGCCCUGGCCUUGGGCUCCAAAGAUGGCGUGAGAGCCUGGUAGUCGCUGCAGCCUCCAGCUGCGCUUUUCGCAGGUCCAGGGUCAGUAGACGCGCCACGCCGUCAGAUGCCGCGGUCUUCUGCUCGGCGCUGUCCACGUGCCCCGACUGGCGCUCGGCGGUGGCCGAGCUCAGCGCGGAGGCGACCUACAAGCUGCGGAGCCGUGAGCGCCGGGGCUGGGACUUUGCGCUGGUGCAUGUGACGGGGCAUGAUGGCAUCUCGGUGUCCGACGUGACCUUGGCACUGGACCAAAGCCUGGGCACCAAGGGCAACUGCUUGGGCGUGGCGGUGAACGGCUGCGGCGGCCCUGGCACCGACCACCACCGUCAGUCGCACGUGGGGCGCGCGGUCAUCCAGUUGGUGGCGGUUCAGCUGCCGGUGAAGCCGGGGAGGCCCAACGUGAGUUCGGCCAAGUCCUUCUUCGUGGGGCAGAGGGAGCUUCAGCAGAUUUCUGGGCUCGUUUGUCAGCUGCAGAACCGCACGCGCGUGAUCGGUGCCCAAGAAUCCGCGCUCCCAAGAGCCUGGCGACAGUUCCUGGGCGUCUUGGAAAACGAGGAAAGGCCCAAAGGGAUCCUUCUCUUCAUCGACCCCUUGGCAUCGAAGUAUGUCGUGGGGACCACGCUCAGUGCGCUGGAUUUGGCUUUUCCCACUGCUGUGAAGUGUGGAGGCGUGUGCGCCGACCUGCUCCCCUCCCGCAAGCGCCUUUGCGUCGCUGCCUACGAACGCGCCCGCCUGGCCGGCGCCGGUGCCGCGCCGAGCGGCGUGGAUGAGCCGGAGAUGGGCGGCGUGGCGGGGAUCCUGCUACCGGCGGAUGUGUCCAUCCAUAGCGUGGUCUCCACGGGGAGCAGUCGCGUGGGCCCGGAGUUGCGGGUGACCUCCGCACAGGGGCAGGUGAUUAAACAGAUGCAGUUCGACGAUGACAAGGAGGCGCACCCCGCGGCUGAGAUGCUGCAGGCGGUGUGUCGCCAGGCCACUCCCUUACAGCAGCUGCUCAUCGAGCGGAGCGGCUUUCUACUGGGCUUGGAAGCGCCCAAGCCCUUGGAUCCGGACAAGUCCAAGGUCUACGACGAUGCUUCGGCCGUGAAGACCGCCAGACAUCACCAGACUGUUCCAAUCAUAUGGCCCAUGCCACACAAUCUACUUAGUCGGCCAUACGAAAUAGGUCUUGCUGGUUCAAUUUUGAAUGUAUGUAAUUCAUCUAGUUUUGUCAUAUCAUUUGGGAUUGAUUCUGUGGAUCUAUAUUUAAGGAUGAAUUCAGGCCUCAGCUCCUUUCCAGGUGCGCCCAUCCCCCUGUCGCCACCGGCCAAGGAUGUUUGGGGCUCCUCCGAGCGCGCGCCCUCCUACACGGCGCUGCGGCGGCAGGCGGCGAACUGCGACUGGGUGGUGCGGUCUUUGGAAACCCUACCCGGUGGCUCCGUGGUCAUCCGAAGAGACGAUUUGAAGAGGGUUCCACCUCGCGUUGGGCCUGCCUGGCUGCGAUGCCAACUUCAUGUCUUCGACGAGCACCAGGGCAAGAAGGAGCUGCAACUCAUGCUCCAGCGCUAUAUGGGUGCUCGCAUGACCUUGCCGUGUACAGGCCUCAAGCGGCCCUUUGGCGUCCUGGUCUUCGCGUGUCGCUCCUGGUGCGCGCGCUACUUCGAGGAGAGCCCCGGUGAGGAGGUGGGCCUCGCCGAGGUCUCGGCGGCCUUUGAUCCGCCGGUGCCCUCGGUGACGGUGAACGUCUGUGGGGAGGUGGCGCAGCCGGGGAUCGCGCUGGGCGGGGUGGACACCAAGCGCACCACUGUCCAAGGACAUACUGCCACCUGCUGCUUCUUGAGCUACGAGCCGCAAGGUGAGAGCACAGCGCACCCUGCCUGAAGCCAACACACAUGGAUUUCUUUGAGGUACCAACGAGUAGACCUAAGAAUUGAUGUUCACGUGCUCAUCACAUCCAAUGCAUAUAUGCAAUUUGCAAUUGGAUUAUCAGAUGGGUUGCUUGGUUUAACCGUGGGACCGUGGGAAGAGCAACUGACAAGUUGUCUCUUCUGCCUAAAUGGGAUUGGACUGCUUGAUGUUGAAGCAGGGUGAAGUUCAAAAGAGCCAAUGAGUGAAAAAGAGGGGUCAGCCAGAGGAGGUUGACCCACUUCAACCUCGCAUUGCGGAUGAUGUUGUGACAGGUCGUUUGCUCCUUUUAAAAGAUGUGGGCUGCCUAUCUACCCUCCUGAUCCAGGAUUCUGCGAACCAGCCGCCCCUAACAUCUCCC